CAAAUGCAGAUAUGUCUGCAUUAAAUCUAAACAGCAUAAGCAUUGUGACAGCACAUACCUGAUGUUGGUUGAUUUCUCUGUGAAGUGACUUUCAGUAAUGACCUGAUUGAAUUACCGCUUGUGUCUGGUUCAGAUCAUACCCUGCCAUUUACUAGCUGCUAGGUCUUCAGCAGUACAGGUUUAUUCUUAAAUUAUUAAACUUUUCAGAAGUCAGUGAUACAGAAAUACUAUUUUGCAAGUAUCCCUAAUCUCAAAAUCCAAAAUUCAAAAUGCUCCAAAAUCUGAAACUUUUUGAUUGCUGACAUGACGCUGAAAGGAGAUACUCAUUGGAGCAUUUGGGUUUUGGGCUUUGGAGUAUAAUGCAAAUAUUCCAAAAUCCAAAGCACUUCUGGUCCCAAGCACUUCAGAGAAGAGGUGGUCAACCUGUAAUCUUUUUUCAACUGCGAAGUGAGAAUAAAAAAGAGACUUUGAAGCAGAGUCUCGCUCUGUCACCCAGGCACGAUCUCGGCUCACUGCAGUCUCCGCCUCCCAGGUUCAGUGAUUCUCCUGCCUUAGCUUUCCUGAGUAGCUAGGAUUACAAGUGCGCCAGUAUGCGGGGCUAAUUAUUUGUAUUUUUAGUAGAGAUGAGUUUUGCCAUGUUGUCCACACUGGUCUGGAACUCCUGGCCUCCCAAAAUUCUGUUAUAACAUGAGUCACUGCACCUGGCCAAAAGGAGACAUUUUAAUAAAUACAUUUAAACAAGAGUAUGGUUGGUUCCUGUUAAAUAAUUCUUAUGCAAGUUAUGUUUUUUUUUUUUUUUUUUAAUUUAAGAAAUGGGGUCUUGCUGUCACUCAGGCUGGAGUACAGUGGCGCCAUCAUAGCUCACUGUAUACUCACACUCCUGGGCACAAGCAGUCCUCCCACCUCAGCCUCCUGAGUAGCUGGGGUUACAAGCAUGAGCCACCAUACUCAGCUAAGGUCCUUUCCUUUUAUUAUAACUAUUAUGUAAAUAAAAAUGGUGUCAAGCAAUCUUAUUAUUGCUUCUAAACUGACGGGGAGCACCUAAUUGUAAGAGUAAUGAAGAGCUAUAUUAAGAGUUAUAAUGAAAGUUGGAGGUAAAGUGUGUACCCUGGCUUUGACAAUCAGUGUCAAGAUCAUGUUUUCAACCCGUAUUGCACACCCAGGGCUUAGAAGUUCUGAUUGAAUUUGUAGGCAAAACUGUAUUGUUUGGAGAGUUCCUCAAGUGGUUAUAAUGUGCAUCCUGGAUCAAGAACUAUCCUACUACCCUAGUUUGGGUAGAGACAUCUCGGAAGAAGCUAGGAUUGGCAAGAAAGAUGGAGAUAACUGAAAAAAAAAAAAAGAUAACUGAAUCUUGACUCACUAGGGUAAAACCCAGAUUGGAAUUUCCUCUAAAUCUGUGUCUGGGACCUGGUUUGGGAGAGGACCUGAAACAGAACUUAAAGUUCCUGGCUGUUUUUGGUUUUAUGCUACUAGAAAAUGGUCUCUGACUAUACUUCAGGAAAAAACGCAUUGGACGGGAAUCCAACAAGGACAGUAAGGACAGUUUUUGGAGGCGGGGCUCAGGGACUAGGUACCAGGAGUAACAGGACAUGACUUCUCACUAUCCUAAAGAUGGAGCAUAAUGUCAAAGAAUUUGGGGCCAUGUUUUAAAAUUGCUGCAAAUUAUAUUCCUCCCACAUGCAAAAGUAACUUACCCUCAAGAUUCCUCCAAAAGUUUCAUCCCAUUACAGUAUCGGGCUCAGGCUUGAGGUCCAGGAUCUUAUCAGAUGAGGUUCUUCAGGUAUUGAGUCCUUUUAAUCUAUUUUUUUUUUUUUGAGACAGGGCCGUUGUCACCCAGGCUGGAGUGCAGUGGUGCCAUCUAAGCCCACUGCAGCCUCAACCUCCUGGAUUUAAGCCAUCCUCCCACCUCAGCCUCCCAAAUAGCUGGGACUACAGACAUGUGCCAACACACCCAGCUAAUGUUUUGUAUUUUUUGUAGAGACAGAAUUUCACUAUGUUGCCCAGGCUGAUCUUGGACUCCUGAGCUCAAGCAGUCUGCCUGCCUCGGCCUCUCAAAGUGCUAGGAUUACAGGUGUGAACCUCCACGCUCAGCCUCUAAACAUUUUUAAAGUCAAGUUACCUGCCAUCCACACUGAUCAUACAGUGGUGGGACAGAAAGGGAAUUGCAGUCAACAUUCCCAUUCAGAAAGGGAUGCUUCAGUCUACAGCAAUUCUGAAAUUCAACUGGGCACAUGGCCCCCUAUCUUAACUAAGGAUCAGUACAGCUUCCUAGAAAUGUGUCAUAGCUUUUGGCUCUGGGUUCUGUGUCAUCCUGUGAAUCAUCCUUUGUUUUUUGUUUUAAGUAAGAAAACUGAGUUUGAAGUGGAGUAGCCUUUCAGCCUGCUUCCUGCUCAUAAAAGGUGUGAGGUCCAGAGGACUCUUCAUUGUGUACUGUCUGUACCCCUUUAAGACUGAGCUGGUGGUGUCUCUACCAGAACAAUUCACAAAGCCUAAGAGGUAGGAGAUAUUCUUGGUAGCUAUUAAAGCAAAGCUUCCCCUCCUCAGCAUGUGACCCCAUAUUCCUUCCUGCCCAUCCAACCAAUAUCCUGGAGCAAAUAUUGAUAUCACUUUACUGGGGUAAUCACUUUACUGGCUGGCCUGCCAAGUAAAAGGAGAAGGAUUAUGUGGCAAAGGUGCUCCGGAUCUGCACUGCUGCGAAUCAGGAGAUCAUGUCUGGGAGUAGAUCCUGGCAGUGCUGGAUUACAGGCUGAAUACAAAGUUGGAUAAGCGAAAGUUCGUCAAAACUUAUGACAUAGGAUUCAACACCCUUGUAAGGGCUUCAAGAGAUGACUCUAAUCCACUGCUGUUACGGCUCUUGCAUACUUGGAAAAAGUAAUGGCCCAUAUUAAACAAAUGGGAUGUCAAGAUUGCUGUGACAGCUUGUAGAGGAAGAGAUUCAAGAGUUUCUGAGGGAGUAGACAUGUUCAAAUGGGUUUACUAUAUUAGGCUGGAAAACCUAUCUACCAGGUUCUUCAGAAGAGCCUGAAAGAUUCCAUUUAUCAAGGAAAUAACAAAUGAGUAAGGGCAAGCAUCACAGAGCUGGUAACUAGUGUCUCUGUAGGGUGGAGCUGAGGUGUGAAUGCGGUUGUAGAACUGGGCUCCCUUGUAGGAGCUGUAAUGGUAGGGUCCCAUAAUAGUAGAGGCUGUGCCAGUUUCACUUUGACCAGGCAGCGCUAACAGUAUGUCUUCACGGUCCCGCUUCAGGGCUGGUCAGCCUCUUUGUUACGCGCCAUAAUACAGAUCUUGAUUGUCCUGACGUUGCACACAGCAUCAUACUGGUCCACUACAUUGGUGAUGUUAUAUAAUUGGAUCUGAUGAACAGGAAGUAGCAAGUCCUUUAGAUGCCAAUUUUUUGAGAAAAAAAUUUAUUUGCUACUGGGCCCUGGUGGAGACUGAACACCUAACUUAGGACAAGUGACCACAGAACCUGAGCUUUCCGUCAUGAGCUGAUCCACCAAACCGUGAAGUUAGGCCUGCACAGCAGCACUGUAUCAUCAAGUAGAAAUGGGAUAGAUGACACUGAAUCUGAGUAGGUUUGGAAACCAUAAGUAAGUUGCACAUGCAGGUGGUUCAGAUUCCUUUGAGACCAACUCCUGCUGCGUUGCAUUCUUUCCCCAUCCACAUCCACGGUCCUAUGGGAGUUUCUCAUGAAUGAGGAGGAAGAGCUCAGGCUGAGCUGCAGGUGCUUCUGCAUGCUGUGAUGGCACCAACCUAAAGUAGACAGCUGCAGCAAUGCAGUCUGUCCCCGUGGUGGUCCUGAGGGACAGUGGUGAAGGAAAAACCCUCCCAGUGAGCAGAAUGUUGAGUUGUGCAUUUGGUCAUCCUCUGUGUCUGGAUGAAGGGACAUCCCGAAUACAAAUCUCCACUGUCUCAUGGGUGGUGGCUUACAGGCCAGCAAUUUGGCUGGAUGGUUGGUAACUUGGAAAGAAAAGAAUUGGAAGAUUUGUGAUAAGAUUGGGAGAAGAGGGAUGUGGAUGAAUAUCUCAGAAUGGUUACAGAGUGUGGAGAUUUUAAUCUCAUGUGAAUGGUCACCAAUGGCCACAUCCUAUAGAGGAGGUGGGCAAAGUGGCUUGUUCUGUGGGUGUCUUGUCAGCCUCUUUUCCCAGACAUGGAGUGCUUGCUCCAUGGGCCAUUGUACAAAGUACCUGGUGGCAGGAAUGGAGACUGUGCGUGGAUUCAGCAACAUAGAAGUUCCCUAGGCAAGGCUCAGCUUGCUUAACACUAGCGCUGGGUGCAGAAUCUGCUAUGAUGGUUUUGCAAGAGGGCCCUGAAUUUUUGUGAUGCCUCCCAUUGAGAAGGGACUGUUUAUGACUGCUUUCACUGACAGAGUAUGCUAGAAGUGAUGCUGCAUGGCUUGGAAGGCUAGGUCACAAAGGCCAUGCAGUUUCUGUUUAGCUCUCUUGGAAUGCUUGUUCUCCCUAGAGUCCCUUCUGGGUUCCUCUCUUUCUCAAAGCCUGGAGACAAGACUGUAGAGGCUCAAGCCACAUAAGGAGGCCAUGUGUAGGUGCUCUGGUCCACAGUCCCAGCUGAGCUCAGCCUUUGUGUUUUCCUGUUCCCGGGCACCAGAAUGUAGUAUCACACUGUUUGCAGUCAUUACCAUCAUCCUGGGAUGCCUAAAAAUCGGAUACUUCAUUGGAUUUUCAGAAUGUUUACCUGCCACUGAAGGAGUUUUCCCUGUCACCCAUGCAGUGCAUACUUUGUUGCAGGUAUAUUUUCUUUGGGGACAUGCAAAGGAUAUUAUCCAAUCUUUCAAAACACUGGAAAGGUUUGGGGUCAUCCACUCGGUGUUCACCAACCUGCUUUUGUGGGCCAACGGUGUCCUCAAUGAGUCAAAGCACCAACUCAAUGAGCACAAGGAACGGCUCAUUACUCUUGGCUUUGGGAACAUAACAACAGUUCUAGAUGACCACACACCACAGUGUAACUGCACGCCCCCAACUCUCUGCACUGCCAUCUCCCACGGGAUCUACUACCUCUACCCCUUCAACAUAGAGUAUCAGAUCCUGGCCUCCACAAUGCUCUACGUCCUAUGGAAGAACAUUGGGCGCAAAGUUGACAGCCAUCAGCACCAGAAGAUGCAGUUCAAGUCUGAUGGGGUCGCGGUGGGUGCAGCCCUGGGCCUGACUGCGCUGGCCGCCACCAUCGGGGUGGUGGUGGUGUACCUGAUUCAUAUUGGGCGCUCCAAGACCAAGAGCGAGUCGGCACUCAUCAUGUUCUACCUGUAUGCCAUCACCCUGCUGAUGCUGAUGGGGGCUGCGGGGCUGGCUGGAAUCUGGAUUUACAGGAUGGAUGAGAAAUCACUGGACGAGUCCAAAAAUCCGGCCCGCAAACUGGACUCAGACCUCUUGGUGGGCACUGCCUCGGGCUCCUGGCUUAUCUCCUGGGGUUCAAUCUUGGCCAUCCUCUGUGCAGAGAACCACCCCAGCUACACCUGGUACAACCUGCCUUACUCCAUCCUCGUGAUCCUGGAGAAAUACAUCCAGAACCUCUUCAUCAUCGAGUCCAUUCACCGAGAGCCUGAAAAACUCUCUGAGGACAUCCGAACCCUUCGGGUGGUCACCGUCUGCAAUGGCAACACCAUGCCCCUUGCUUCUUCCUGCCUCAAAAGUGGAGGCGUGGCUGAAGAUGUGGCUCCCCGGGGCAGGGACUUGCCACCAGCAGCCAACGGAAAUGUGCACAUGAGAGAAGGCUGUAGCAAGGAGGAUGAGAAGCGGGAGGAGAGCAGCUGGGGAGAGAGCCCAAGCCCAGCCCGCCUUCCCUGUUUCUUACAGGGCAACGCCAAGAGAAAAGUCUUGAGGAAUAUUGCAGCCUUCUUGUUCCUCUGCAAUAUUUCGCUUUGGAUACCUCCUGCCUUUGGCUGUCGACCCGAGUAUGACAACGGAUUGGAGGAGACUGUCUUUGGCUUUGAACCCUGGAUAAUUGUGGUCAACCUGGCCAUGCCGUUUUCUAUUUUCUACCGAAUGCACGCAGCUGCCUCCCUCUUUGAGGUCUAUUGUAAGAUAUAGUCUGGGUCCACAAGAGACCCAGGAGUGAGCUAACAAGAGAGUUCAUUGGAGCCACCUGGGAGUGGCCAGGUUGGACAAAUAUUUCCUGACAAAUAUGAGAAGGGCCGCCUUUUGUCUGCAAAGAUUGCGCUUCCUGUGGGCUGGAACUGCCCAUCACCCCUGAUGAUGUAAACACGUUAGAUCAAAAUCCACGAGGCGGCUGGAAGCUGUCCUUGGUUAGUCAAGUGCUAAUCAAGCCGAAAUUAUUCUAUUCCCUUCUAAAUGAUUUAGAAGGAUGUGAUUAUGGUUUGGGAAAGAAUCUAUCCAAUUUGUUUUCCAUAAAAAGCGUUUUCUGGGUGUCAUUUAUCACGUGACUCCAUACAACCUUUUCCUGACCACCUGCCUAGUAAUUUAUAUUUCAAAAUUUUAUCCUUCUCAAAGCUGAUGAAUUGGGACACCAUCACAGUGAGCUGAUGUUGUUUCUGCAUACGUUUAAUUUCUUGAAGUUACUUUUAUCAUCUGGAUAGAAAUUUGUGUACAGGCCAAUAUAAAAACACAUUUCUUACCUGAAAUGUUGGUACAUUUUGGUGAUCAUUUUGAAGUAUUUUUAAAAAAGAAAUUUCACUGUUCUCUCUUUCAGUGUAAAUACAUACAUGUUUAUUGUAAAAAAUUUGGAUAUUUCAGAAAAGUGAGAGAAAAAGUCACUCGAUUACUUUUUUUUUGAGACGGAGUUUUGCUCUGUCGCCAGGCUGGAGUGCAGUGGUGUGAUUUCGGCUUACUGCAACCUCCACCUCCCGGGUUCAAGCGAUUCUCCUGCCUCAGCCUCCUGAGUAGCUGGGACUACAGGCAUAUACCAACAUGCCCAGCUAAUUUUUGUAUUUUUAGUAGAGACAGGGUUUCACUAUGUUGGCCAGGAUGGUCUCGAUCUUCUGAACUCAUGAUCCCUUCCCACCUCAGUCUCCCAAAGUGCUGGAAUUACAGGCAUGAGCCUCCGUGCCUGGCCAACAAUUACUUUUAAUGUCUUGAUAUAUUUCUUCCAACCAUGUUGAUGUGAUUCUUUUUGUUGUCAUUAUGAUACCUUUGAAUGAUGAUGCAACGUGUUUGAUUUUGUAUUCAGUUAUUUUCCCACUUAACAAUAUGGCAUAAAGUUUGCCCCCAUAUUGUUAUAAGUUCUUUAUAAAUAUCAUUGUAAUGCUGUAAAAUAGUCUAUCAAGUGAAUGUACUUUAACUAUAUAGUUUCCUAUGGCUGGUUUUAGAGUGUCUAUAACUUUUUGCUUUUAUAAGUAGCUGUAAAAAUCAACCAUAUCUGUGAAGCAUUUCCUAUAUUUAGAAUUGCUUCUUUAAGAUACAGAAUUACAAUUAGGAUGCCUAAAGAUUAAGAUUAUAAAUAGUUCAAAGGUGUCUAAGGAAUAUUGACAUUUGGGAGGCCUUUGUAUAUGUUUU